AAACCCUCUUCUGCUUUUCUCUCUCACCACUGAAAACCACAACUUUGGCACACUUUGUGUCUGGAACUCCCUAUACUUUCUCACUUCACCUUCUUCUUCAUAAUUUUCCUUGAACCGACGAGAACAACCAGAAGCCAUGGAAGCACAAGAGUUCUUCCAGAACACCUUUUACCCUCAAUUCCCCUCCGACAACAUCACUCCCUCUAACACCAACGCCUCCACCACUGACCACUUCAUCGUCGAAGACUUCUUCGACUUCUCAAACAGCGACGAGGCUCCCCUCAUCGACGCCACCUUUGACUCUCUCCCCACUGACCACUCUUCCACCCUAACUAACCUCGACACCACCACCAACAACUCCAAUUUCUCCGCCACCGAUGCUCAUUUCUCCGGUGACCUCUCCCUCCCGUAUGAUGAUCUUGCUGAAUUGGAGUGGCUGUCGAAAUUCGCCGAGGAAUCCUUUUCCAGUGAGGAUUUACAGAAGCUGCAGCUGAUAUCCGGUGCCGGAGUGCAAAAGGACACCACAUCGGAAACGCGAGACCCGAACCCGGCUCUGUUCAACCCGCAAGUAUCGGUUCGGGGGAAGGCGAGGAGUAAGCGGACUCGUGGGCCACCAUGCAAUUGGUCGUCUCGACUGGUUGUCCUCUCUCCGAACACAAUGUCUUCGGAGUCUUCUCAUUCAGACAGCGGUAAGAAGGUCGCCCCGCGGAGGAGGGAUGUGAGCGAAGGCAGCAGUGAGGGCAGGAAGUGUCUGCAUUGCGCAACGGACAAAACGCCACAGUGGCGGACGGGUCCCAUGGGUCCUAAAACACUUUGCAAUGCAUGCGGCGUGAGGUACAAGUCCGGCAGGCUGGUGCCGGAGUACAGGCCCGCCGCAAGCCCAACCUUCGUGCUGACAAAACACUCGAACUCGCACCGGAAAGUGUUGGAGCUGCGACGGCAGAAGGAAAUGGUGAGGGUCCAGCAGCAGCAAUUGCUCCAUCUGCAACAUCAGCAGAACAUGAUGUUCGAUGUUCCAUCCAACGGUGAGGAUUAUUUGAUCAAUCCAAUGGGCUCCGACUUCCCACACCUCAUCUAAUCUCCUGCUAGACUAGGAAAGUUGUUUUCCUUAAUUUCCUACCUAAUUUUUCUAGGGAUUUAUUUUAUUUCUUUUUCUGUAAUUUGAAAAUUUUCACUUUAUGCUAUAUGUAGACUGCUCUCAUGUUUCUUCAAGUCAUUUUGACAGACUUGAAAACUCCGAAAACUCCGAAAACUAAAAAUUUUCCCAA